UGUGCUGUGUCGCUAGCGAGCAGCGUGACAGCAGAGACAGCAGCACCGUAGUGAAAGACGUAGUUUACUGCAGUUUUGUGCACGCGUGGUGCAUCUAUUGUGCGCGCUUGGUGUGCUCGUGAAGGUGGCGCGGGAAUCAUGCCUCGAAAAACUGCAUGAUCUGUGCGCGAAAACUUAUUGUGAUGCCCAAGCCAACGCCGAUGGCUGCUGCCCCUGCCUUGGCUAGCGCCGUGGUACUCCUGACGGUGUUCACAGUCGCCCUGACAGCUGAUCCAACGACAGAAACGACGCGAGUGAAAUGUCCGGAUACUCAGUUUGCUUGUGCCGAUGGGCAAGGCUGCAUACCAAAGCAGUGGAAAUGCGACUACUCCCCAGAUUGUGCGGAUGGCUCAGAUGAGCCUGAGGACUGUGCUCCCAGCACAUGUGCAUCAGGGCAGUUCCAGUGCGCACUAUCCAGACGAUGCAUUCCUAAGGGCUUUGUCUGUGAUCGAGAGUCGGAUUGUGGCUUCACAGAAGACCUUGUCCCAGAUACAUCUGAUGAAGAUGCACGGCGCUGUCACCUAGGAAACAGCUGUCCGCAGAACUACUUUCGGUGCCAUGAUGGCAUCACGUGCCGGCGAAUAGCUGUGCUGUGUGAUGGCCACAACGACUGCCCAGAUUUCUCUGAUGAAGGCCCUUUCUGUUCAGAGACAGCUCAAUGUGCGAACGCCUCGUGUGAUCAUGGUUGCAAGCCGGGACCUCAGGGUCCCGUCUGCUUCUGCAAGAAGGGCAUGGAGCCCCACCGGGAGAUGCCUUCGUUGUGUGUUGAUGCGGACCCUUGCAGUGUUCCUGGCACCUGCGACCAGAAUUGCACGAGUGGACCCAAGGGCUCGCACAACUGCAGCUGUGUUGAAGGAUACAAAGCUGUUGGAAGCCAGUGCUUUGGAAUCAAUGUCCCAGAAGAUGAAGAAGCCACGCUCCUUUUUGCCAAUUCUAUUAACAUUCAACACAUUCACCUGGACGGUUCCCCUGUUGGCGGCAACAGCAGCAUCGCUCCAGUCAAAGAAAGCCUUGCCAUGGAUUUUAACCAUAUGAACAAGACUGUGUGCUGGAUUAACCAUGAAGGAAAUGAGACGGUCCUGCAGUGUGCUCUUGUCUCCCAAUUGGAUGUGCGGUGGAACUUGAAGCUGAAAGAUUCUUUUUCAUUGACUACUGUCAAUCAAAUGGCGCUGGAUUGGGUGUCUGGCAACUGGUACUUCCUGGACGAUGUGCGGGAGACCAUAUUUCUUUGCAAUGCCUCACUUUCUGUGUGCGUCACAGUGAUUGACGUUGGACUGAGCAAACCCCGUGGCAUUGCCCUGGACCCUUACAAAGGGUUCAUGUUUGUCACGGAGUGGGGCAGUGCAGCGCCGGUGUUGGAGCGCGCUCACUUGGAUGGCACCGAGCGGACCAAGCUCGUGGAGCAGAAGAUUGUCUAUCCUUUUGGCAUUGCUGUUGACUUGCCCAGGGAAGAGGUCUACUGGGUUGACACUUACCUUGACAUGGUGGAACGCAUCAGCUACGAUGGUUCAAGGCGUACCACCGUCUUCCGCGGGGCUCCCAUGCGCAACCUGUAUGGCAUCACGGUGUUUGAAAACUACCUGUACGUGACAAGUUGGCACAGCAAUUCCGUGGUGGUUGUGCACAAAUACAAUCAAAGCGACAUCCGCACCGUGAAAGCCAACCUGACAAGGCCAUUCUCCAUUCAUGUUUACCACCGUCAACGGAAACCGUACCGGGAGCAUCCUUGCAGCCAAAACAAUGGCAACUGUGAGCACCUGUGCAUUCCAUCAACCAUAAAAGGAACACUGACAGCUCAGUGCAUCUGCCGCCCCGGUUUUCGCCUCGUGGACCUAGGGCGUUGUGUUGCGGUGGCUCCAGCACAGUUCCUGCUUUACGCACGUGGGCGGCCAGGUGCGGUGAAGGGUAUUUCAACAAGCGACGACUUUCCCGAGUCUAGGGUGUCCCCACUGUUGCGACGUGAAGUGAUGGCUCCCAUACGUUCGCUCAGCCGACCAACUGCCUUGGACUACGAUGCCAAGACGCGCACUGUCUAUUAUUCAGACGCCCAGCAGUUUGUCAUUGAGCGCCAAGGCCUGGAUGGCUCCAAGCGAGAGGUCUUUACUUCAAAAGGCCUGAACAACUGUGAGGGUCUGGCUGUGGACUGGGCCGGCCGCAACCUGUACUGGACUGAUGAAGGGCACCUGGGCAUCUGGGUGGCACGACUGGAUAAUUCCACACUGCGCCGGCAGCUGGUCUCUCUCAACAUGUCCCAUCCGAGGGCCAUUGUGGUUGAUCCCAAGAGGGGGUACAUGUACUGGUCUGACUGGUCAACUGAACCGUACCCUCCGGGUGAUGGCCGGGAUGGAGGAAAAAUAGAGCGAGCGUACUUGGACGGUUCACACCGAGAGGUGUUCGUCUCACAAGAUCUGCACUGGCCAAACGGCCUGAGCAUAGACUACGCUAACCGCCAGCUCUACUGGUGUGAUGUGUAUUUCCAUCGCAUUGAACGCAUUGGCCUUGAUGGCAAGGGGCGCGAGGUGCUGGUAGAAGGGGAGCACUUGGACCACCCAUAUGGCCUGGCCCACUUUGGAAAUUUCAUCUAUUGGACUGAGUUUCAGAAAGGCCACAUCCUUCGUUUUGACACAGUUUCAAAGAACAUCACUAAGCUCAAGACUGAAAACCCGCCCCUUUUUGAACUUCGUUUCUUCGAUGAGGCGUCCCAGUCGACCGGCAGCAGUUGCAGCAGUGACAACGGUGGCUGCUCACAGCUGUGCUUGUCCAUUCCCGAGAGUCACUCAUGUGCUUGCGGGGACGGCUACUACCUGGCAGCUGAUGGCAUUACGUGCCACCGCUCUGCGAACUAUACUGAGCCUUCACGUUGUCGUGAGGGUGAGUUUGAAUGCAAAACUAACCAGCGGUGCAUCGACAAGCGCUAUCUUUGUGAUGGCGACAAUGACUGUGGUGACAAUUCUGAUGAGGAUUCUUCGCCAUCUGGAAUCUGUGAGAAAGUGACCUGUCAGGAAGACCAGUUCCGGUGUGACGCCAACCGAUGCAUCUCCUUGCACUGGGUCUGUGAUGGGGAGCGUGACUGCGUGGACGGCUCAGAUGAAGAGCCAACAUCCAAGUGCAGAAACACGACGUGCAGUGCAGCGCAGUACACUUGCAAGGUGACUGGAAAAUGCAUACCUCACAGCUGGACAUGUGACUCCGACUUGGACUGCGGUGAAGGGGACACUUCGGAUGAGCAUGAAGGCUGCGUGUAUCCAGAUUGCGAUGUGACUGAGUUCCGGUGCAGCAACCAGCGUUGUAUUCCCCUCGACUAUGUGUGUGAUGUGGAUGACGACUGUCGGGAUGGGUCAGACGAGAAGGACUGUGCAGCUGUGUCCUGUGAUCGUGGCCACCGGUGUGGUACCGGUCACUGCAUCUGGGAUGCCCUCGUCUGCAAUGGCGUCUGGGACUGUCAGGAUGGUUCGGACGAAGCUAACUGCACGGGAAGUCGCAACAGCACCAACGUGCCACCUUGCCACAAAGAUCAGUUUGGCUGUGGGGAUGGCCAAUGUGUUCCUAAAAGCUGGCAUUGUGAUGGCAAACCUGACUGCCUUGACGGAAGUGAUGAGAAAGGAUGCGGCAAUGUAAACUGUUCCUCGAAUGAAUUUCUUUGUGAGAACCGGCAGGAGUGCAUUCCAGCUCAGUUUGUUUGUGACAGCGACCAUGACUGCAUGGACAACUCUGAUGAAAAGAACUGCACAUCUGUGUCCCACCUCAAGUGCCCCAAGCCCAGUCACACCUGUGACAACAACACUCGCUGCAUAGAGGUCACUCGCCUUUGCGACAAGGUCCCAGAUUGCAAGGAUGGCUCAGAUGAGGGCGGCCUCUGUGACGAAGGCCUGUGUACCCCUAAUGACUGUGAAGACUUCUGUCGGCCCACACCAUAUGGCAAGACAUGCUACUGUAGGGAUGGUCUGCAGCUCGCCAUCAAUGGCCGAUCAUGCACAGACAAGAAGCCAUGCUCCCAAUGGGGCGUAUGCAGCCAGAAAUGCUUUCAGUUGAAGCAUUCACACAAGUGUACAUGUGAGAAGGGCUAUGAGCUUGCCUCAGACAUGUUUACCUGCAAAAGCACUGACCCAGCAACGCCUUACGUCAUCUUCUCCAAUCGACAUGAGCUAAGGAGUGUAGACUUGAACACCAUGUCUCUACGGGCACUCAUUACGGGCCUCAAGAAUACCAUUGCGCUGGACUUCUUCCACUCAGACUCUGGUGACAUGCUUUAUUGGACAGACGUGGUGGAUGACAAGAUCUACAGGGGCUCAAUCAUUUCAGGAAGUCUUUCAAGUAUUGAAGUGGUCGUGGAGACUGGCCUGGCAACAGCUGAGGGCCUGGCCGUGGACUGGAUAGGCGAGAAUCUGUAUUGGGUGGAGAGCAAUCUUGACCAGAUCGAAGUGGCCAAGCUGAAUGGUAGCUUCCGAAGAACCCUGGUGGCAGGAAACAUGGAAAGUCCCCGAGCCAUUGUGCUCGAUCCUAGAUAUGGGCUAAUGUUCUGGACGGACUGGGACAAGGAAGCGCCACGUAUUGAGCAGGCAUCCAUGAGUGGUGAUGGUCGGCGUGUGGUACUGCGUAUUGAUGAAGUCACUCAGGGGGGUGCAUGGCCCAAUGGACUCACGCUGGACUUUGUGGCACUACGCAUCUACUGGAUUGAUGCCCGAUCCGACUCUGUGCACACGUCACGCUAUGAUGGUUCGGACUACCACGAAAUCCUGCGAGGUCACGAGACCCUGUCACACCCAUUUGCCAUUACCCUGUUUGGCAACUACGUUUACUGGACUGAUUGGAGGACCAACUCAGUCAUACGAUGCAACAAGUGGAAUGGGUCCGAUGUUCAAAUAGUCCAGAAGGCUGCUAUACAACCUUUUGACAUCCAAGUAUUCCACCCAUCAAGGCAACCAAAAGGCAACGGCAAGAACGGCUGUGCUGCCAACAAUGGCGGCUGCUCUCACCUCUGCCUCCUGAGCUUUAACAACACCUACAAGUGCAACUGCCCGCAUCUCAUGCGCCUCGGAGAGGAUGGCAGGACUUGCUACAGCAUGGAGCGUGUCCUGCUUUUUUCAAGGCCCAAUGAAAUUAGAGGCGUUGACCUCGAUAUGCCGUACUACCAUGUCAUUCCACCUUUCAGUUCUCCAAAGGUCAUUCAUGCAGUGAAGCUGGAUUUUGAUUCCAAACGGCGCAUGAUCUACUGGUCAGACACUCACCUGAAUGAGAUAAAGCGGGCUUCUCUCCUAGGCUCAGCUGUCGAGACCAUCAUUGACACUGUUAUCGAAAACCCAUAUGGCUUUGCUGUGGACUGGAUCUCAAGAAACAUGUUCUUCACAUCUUAUGGAGAGGCAGGCAAGCACAUCUUUGCUUGCAGCCUGGAUGGCGAGUAUGUGUCGUCCAUUAUCGAUACCAACCUGGACUCUCCGGGUUCCCUGGCAGUUCAUCCCACAUUGGGGCUGAUUAUGUGGACUGACCAUGGCGUGCCCCAUGAAAGAAUUCAAGUUGCGAAGAUGGAUGGGUCAUCACGAAAGACACUAACAUCACGCCUCGAUAACCCAAAGCUUGAAGGAUCUACAAGCUUGACAGUGGACUUUGAAACAAACUACUUGUACUGGGUGAACCGUGACCAAGGCAUGGUCCAGCGACUGCUGCUGACCAGUCCAGAUCCUGUGGUUGAGAGCCUGGAUGUGGCACUGGGUGGAGAACAGCCACAUGCUCUCGCCAUCUACGGUUCACAGCUUCUGUUGGCCACUGACUAUGCCAUACAUGUUGCUGAUAAGCGCAGCCCCAGAAAUGGCACUGUCCUGCGCAACAACACAGAUACUGUGCUCGCACUUGCUGUAUAUGAUGCAAGCCAACAAACUGGCGAAAAUCUAUGCAGCAAGAAUAAUGGAAACUGCUCGCACCUUUGUUUGCCGACAUCACAAACUACGAGGGUCUGCAAGUGCACAACCGGAUUCCUGCCUGAUCCAAGUGACGAGACUAAGUGUGUCGGCUACGCUGAAUUCCUUUUGUACUCCAUCAACUAUGAGAUACGAGGCAACUCCUUGGUCUUGUCAUCAUUACCAUCUGAGCGUGUGCUGGCUCCCAUCUCCAGAGUCUCCAUGGCAACAUCUAUUGACUUUGUUGAUGAAUACAUCUACUGGGUGGAUUCAGAAGGAGGGAGCAUCACACGAAUCCACAGAGACAUGACUGGACGAGAGACUGUUGUUAGUGGUCUUGAUGCCAUUGAAGGACUUGCAAUUGACUGGGUAGCAGGCAACAUGUACUGGAUUGACCCUUCGUACGAUGUCAUCGAAGUGUCGCGGCUCAAUGGAUCCGGCCGAUAUGUUCUCCUUUCUGGUAACAUGGAUAAGCCCCGGGCCAUUGUUGUGCAUCCGUACAAAGGGUAUAUCUUUUGGAGUGAUUGGGGUGUACCACCAAAGAUAGAACGGGCAGCUCUGGAUGGCUCAAACCGCAUUGUCCUUGUCAAUGCAUCAGUACAGCUAGUGAAUGACCUGGCCAUUGACUUUGAAGAAGACAAACUCUACUGGUGCGACUCGCGCACCGACACAAUUGAGAGGGUCAACAUGGAUGGCACGGGACGUGAGACUGUCUUUCCAACACCCUCGGGAACAGAGGAGGAAGACACGGAGGACUCGCAUCGUCCUCUCCAGAACCCUUUUUCACUUACAGUUCAUGGCAGUUAUGUCUACUGGGCUGACACCCAUCGUGAGGAUGGAUCUAUUUUCCGUGUCAAAAAGCAUGACCCAGGCCUUGAGGAAAUGCUGGUGAACCACUUGACAGAUUCAAUCAAGGAUCUGCAAGUUUUCCACACACGACCGAAGCAAGAGACGAACAACCCAUGCAGUGUGGGCAAUGGAGGCUGCCAGGAGCUGUGCCUGUACAAGGGAGACAACGGCCAUACCUGCGCUUGCUCCCAUGGCCGAGUGGCUCCCGAUGGACGAACUUGCCAAGAUUACGAAGCCUUUGUCAUGUUCUCGCGGGUGCGCACUAUAGACAGCAUUCACAUGAUGGACGAGACGAACCUGAAUGCACCGUUUCCAAGCAUCUCCAGUUCGGAGUUUAUGCGCAACAUCAUUGGACUUGCCUUUGACUACUCUGAGCGCCGCAUCUUCUACUCAGACAUCCAACGGGGUAGCAUCAACAGCGUUCACUUCAAUGGCUCUGGCCACACCGUUCUUGUACAAAAGCAAGGCUCAGUUGAAGGCCUUGCGUAUGAGCCUGUGAACAAUGAACUCUACUGGACCAGCCACAGGGAUGCCUCUGUCGGCCGAGUCAGCCUGUCCGACCCAACUGCCCUUCCUGAAAAGAUUGUCAAGCUUGGCACUGAAGACAAGCCUCGAGGCAUUGUCGUCAGCAGCUGCAUCAAGCGGGUAUUCUGGACCAAUUGGAACAGUCACCACCCAAGCAUCCAAAAGUCGUACCUCAACGGCUACGAGCUGGAGUCAGUCAUCACGACCGACAUUCGCAUGCCCAAUGGCAUUGCCAUUGAUCACCAGCUGCAGAAGUUGUACUGGUCUGACGCACGUCUAGACAAAAUUGAACGCUGUGACUUCAAUGGCGGGGAUCGUCACGUGUUGCUGAGCGAGCACCCGCAACAUCCUUUCGACUUGGCCGUAUACGGGGACUUCGUGUUCUGGACCGACUGGGUGGCACACGCUGUGCUGCGUGCCAACAAGCAUACAGGAGCUGACGUUGUGGUGUUGCGCAAGAAUGUUGUGCGACCUAUGGGCAUCAUUGCUGUUGCCAAUGACACCAAUGACUGCACACUAAGCCCCUGUUCCACACUGAAUGGUGGCUGUGAGGACCAGUGUGUGGUUGCCACAAAUGGUACCAUCUACUGCCAGUGCUUCCCUGGAAGAUCACUGAUGCCAGAUGGGCGGCGUUGUGCAGUCAAGAUCGCCAACUGUACCAGUGCAGAGUUCCAGUGUGGAGAUGGGGCCUGCAUUCCUUUUGAGCUUGCCUGUGAUGGUGUCCAGGCUUGUCCUGACGGCUCUGAUGAAAAUGUCAUUGACUGUGCCAUGUUGACUUGCCCGGAAGGUUUCUACAGAUGCCACAAUGGGCGUUGCGUGACCAAGAGCCGUGUCUGUGAUGGCUUGGAUGCGUGUGGCGAUUACAGUGAUGAGCUGAACUGUACUUGCAAGGGUGACCAGUUCAAGUGUGCUCGGGGCCCCUGCAUUCCAUCUAACUUUGUGUGUGACUUUGAACCCGAAUGUCCCGAUGCCAGUGAUGAGAUCAACUGCCCUAAGCCAGACUGCACCAGACACCCGAUGACCUUGCACCCAAACCUGCUUCUUGUGAACUGCGAGAGGACAACUGCAUGUAUUCACCUAGGUUGGAUAUGUGAUGGCCAGAACGACUGUUGGGACUUCUCGGAUGAAGAGAACUGCCAGACCACCACACCGCAGGUGUCCUGUCCUGCCAUGUCCUUCCGCUGCCUGAAUGGUUUGUGCAUUCCGGACUCCUGGCGUUGUGAUCGAGACAUGGAUUGCGAGGACGGUCACAAUGGUUCACUCAGCUCGGACGAGAAGGGCUGUGAAUACAAAUGUGCAAGGGACCAGUUUCAGUGUACAGACGGCGAAUGCAUAAGCCUUCUGAACCGCUGUGAUGGCCAGGCUGACUGCUCAGAUGGCUCUGAUGAACCACCAGCAUGUCGUAUGCGCCAGUGCGGUGACAGUGAGUUCAAGUGCAAUAGCACAGGCCAGUGCAUCCCCAACGCCUGGAAGUGUGAUGGCGCUGGCGACUGCCUGGACAACUCUGAUGAGGACCCAAGUCUUAACUGCACCCUUCGCCAGUGUAAGGCUAAUGAGUUCAAGUGCCUCAAUCAAGUCUGCAUCCUGGACAGCUUCUACUGCGAUGGAGAUCAUGACUGUGAGGACGGCUCGGACGAGCCAAACACUUGUGAGAAGCACCGUUGUCGGGAGAACCAGUUCGCAUGCAAUAAUGGCCGCUGCAUUUCCAACCAUGCCAUGUGCAACGGCUGGGAUGAUUGCCGGGACGGAUCUGACGAGAAACCAGACUUGUGUCGCAAACAGAUUGCCAAGGGUGUCUCCUGUCCUGAUGGCAACUUUUUGUGCGUAAACAAGAACUGCGUCAAUGACAGUCUUCUUUGCAAUGGGGAGAAUGACUGUGGCGACUUCUCUGAUGAAAAUCAGUGCAAUAUCAACGAAUGCGAGCUGUCGACCCACGCCUGCUCACAGCUUUGUGAGGACCGCCCAAUAGGCUACAAGUGCAGCUGUCACCCUGGCUUUGAGCCUAAAUAUGAUGGUCGCAUCUGUGAAGAUGUGGACGAAUGCACCACCAAGUUUCCUUGCACACACCACUGUCGCAACACGUAUGGGUCGUUUGCCUGCACAUGUGCGGAUGGCUAUUUCUCCAUUGAUGCAGGCCGCACCUGCAAGGCAAACUCCUCUGUGCGAGCUCAUUUGCUGUUGUCAAAUCGUUACUACAUACGGCAGAUCGACAUGCAUAAAAUCAGUUCUGAGAUACUAGCUCAAAACCUUACCAACUCUGUGGCUCUGGACUUCGACUCUGUCGAUGACUGUAUCUACUGGUCGGAGGUGACUGCAGUGGGAAGCUCCAUCAAGCGAAUGUGCCUCAAAGGGAAGCUGCAACACGAGGUAUUGCACUCCACAACAGUGCAGAAUCCAGAUGGCCUGGCUGUGGAUUGGAUUGGCAGGAACCUCUAUUGGUGUGACAAGGGCAAAGACACAAUUGAAGUGUCUCACUUGGAUGGAAAGUUUCGUAAAGUCCUUAUCAGAACUGGUCUUGAAGAACCUCGUGCCAUAGUUGUGGAUCCUUCUGAUGGCUAUAUGUACUGGACAGAUUGGGGCGAGCACCCCUACAUUGGAAAAGCAGAAAUGGAUGGCACAAAUGUGCACGUCCUGGUGAACGAGUCUUCAGAGUCAAUGGGCUGGCCCAAUGCUCUCACUUUGGAUUUGAUCACUCGUCAGUUGUUUUGGGCCGAUGCCAAGCAUGACUACAUUGCAACGGCCAAUUUGGAUGGAGGCAACAUCCGCAUUCUCGCUCGAAAUGGGCCCUCGUCUCCAUUGCACCAUGUAUUUGCUAUGACACUGUUUGAAGACAAACUGUACUGGACUGACUGGGAAAGCAAGGCGGUGCUGUACUGCAACAAAAACAACUGCUCCAACAUCACCACACUAGUUCGCACUGCCAUUCGACCUAUGGACAUCCAGGUGCAACACCCUCUGAGGCAGAGGCCAAUGCCUGACAACCCCUGCCAGGAUAAUGGCGGCUGUGCAACAUUGUGCCUGCUCAAAGCUGGUGGCAAAUCUACUUGUGCAUGUCCUGAAAAUUACGUCUUGCAAGGGGACUCUGUGUCUUGUGAGAACAACUGCACCAGUUCUCAGUUUGUAUGUGAGAAGACAUACAAGUGCAUCCCCUCGCUGUGGCGCUGCGACACCCAGGAUGAUUGUGGUGAUGGGUCUGAUGAGCCAGCCAGUUGUCCACCAUUCCUGUGCAGCCCUGGCCAGUUUCAGUGCGCUGAUGAACAGUGCAUCCAGCCUAGCCAGUUGUGUGAUGGCAAGCCACAGUGCACAGGGGGCGACGACGAACACGACUGUGACAAAUAUACCUGUUUGCCAAGCCAAUUUAAAUGCCCUGGUAAUGGGACAUCACAGGCAUACUGCAUAUCAGUGGCAUCACGUUGUGAUGGCCACAUUGACUGCACAAUGGGAGGCGAGGAUGAACUCAACUGCCCACCAAAAACUUGUCCAGCUAAUCAAUUUAAAUGCAACAACAGCCGUUGCAUCCCUGAUGUGUGGACUUGUGAUGGAGACAAUGACUGCUUUGAUGGAUCAGAUGAACCACCUAACUGCGCUGACAGAGAGUGCCCACCAAAUUCAUUCCGAUGCUCAUCUGGCCGCUGCAUACCCUUGGCUUGGCGCUGUGAUGGUGACUACGACUGCUCAGGUCGAGAAGAUGAAGGCCCUUCAUGCGAUGAAGAAGCCAUGAGCUGCCACCCAUCUUACUUCCGUUGCAACAAUGGCCGAUGCUUGCCUGGCCAUUGGCAGUGUGACUUUGAUGAUGACUGCGGGGAUGGUUCGGACGAGAAGGACUGCCAACGCCGAAGUUGCCUGAACAACGAAUUUCAGUGUGCAAAUGGGAGGUGCAUCAAGGAUUCCAUGCACUGCAAUGGAGAGUUCAACUGUGAGGAUCGCAGUGAUGAGGCCAACUGCAACUCAACAUGCCGUUCUAAUGAGUUCUACUGCAAAGUUGUGGGCCACUGCAUUCAUAAAGAGUGGCGGUGCGAUGGCGAUGUGGAUUGUGCUGAUGGCUCGGAUGAAGAAGGUUGCAACAUAGCAUGUAAAACAGGAGAGUUCCAGUGUCAAAAUGGACAUUGCAUCACUAGUGCAUUCCAGUGUGACAAUGAAGAUGAUUGCGGAGACGGUUCAGAUGAAGGUCACCAGCUUUGCUUGCAUUUUGCAUGCCCACCCGGGAAGUUCAAAUGCAAGAACAGCCUCUGUGUACCAGGGUCAAGCGUGUGCGACGGAAAGGAUGACUGUGGUGAUAAUUCAGACGAGGACAGCCCUCAGUGCCAUCAUUGUAAGGCACACGAGUUCAAGUGCAAGAGCCAGCGAUGCAUAGCAAGCAAUUUUUUCUGCAAUGGAAUCGAUGAUUGUGGUGACGGCUCUGAUGAAGACGACUGUGACACGGGACCUUGCCGAUUUGGCACCUGUUCCCAUACGUGCAACAUCAAGAAGAAUUCAAGCCACAGCUGCAGUUGUGCUCACGGUUUUGUCAAAGACCACAGACGCAACAAUUCUUGUGUGGCACAGGGAGACAAAGCCUUCCUGCUGGUGGCAAGUGAAAAUGAGCUCCGCCACGUCGACCCAUACAAGGCGUCGCACCAGGAUGGCCAAGGCAUGCUGGGCAACUUGGACCCUUCAAACCGCAUCCAUGCCGUCGACCUCUUUUACAACGACUCUCAAACACUGGUGUUCUGGGCCAGCUUGCACAUGGGUGCCAUUUACCGCAGGCGCCUUUCACCACUGCCUCGAAGUACGGAAAAUACCCGACGCAAGCGGCAAGCAGCUGGCGACGCUGCUGUAUUGCUGGGCAACCUGACUGAGCCAAGAGGGCUGGCUGUGGAUUGGGUCGGACAGAUGCUGUACUGGGUCGAUGCAGGAGAGCACAGCAUCUCCGUCGCUUCCCUGGAUGGCCGCCUUCGAAGAACUCUCAUCUCCGAGAACUUGGACCAGCCCAGCGACAUUGCUGUGGAUCCUCACUCUGGGUACCUGUUCUGGACAGAGACAGGCUCCAAGCCUAGAAUUGGUCGUGCAGGCUUAGAUGGCUCCAAUCCACGCACUUUGGUGGACGCACGUGUAGUCUGGCCCACUGGCAUUGCAGUAGACCAUGCAGCAGGCCGCAUCUACUGGGCUGACCGCAAGGCAUCUUUGGUGGAGACAGCCAACUUCGACGGCAAAUUGCGUCACAUUGUUUACAACAGGACAUCUCAUGAUGCUGCACAUGCGCAUGAUGAGAGCCCCUAUCGAGUGGACGUUUUUGAGGACAGCCUCUACAUCAGCACAUUCCCAAGCAACGCCAUACUGCGCGUCAGCAAGUUUGGAGGGGGCAAAGUGACCUACCUCAUCCGUGGCCUGCACAGGGCCACUGAUGUGGUCAUUGUUCAAGAGCACAAGCAGAGUGCACCAAUGAACAACCCCUGCAGCAAGAACUCCUGUGGCUCGGGUGCCCUGUGCGUGCUUCGCAGCUCCAAGGAGUUCAGCUGUCUCUGUCCAGAUGGCAUGGUGGAGACCAGGACAGUGGAUGGCACAACUGCUUGCACCAUUGUGGCUCCCACCCCUCCCUCACCAGAUGCCAAGUGCGAGUUGAACUGCCUUAGUGGAGGAACCUGUGUGCUUGGCAACAACCGUCAGCCCUUCUGCAGGUGUCCUGUGGGCUAUACGGGAAAAAGAUGCGAGCGGUAUGUGUGUUCCCAGUACUGCAAAAACAAGGGCCUAUGUAACGUCAUCACAAGCCAGGAGAUGUACUGCAUCUGUCCUCCACAGUGGACUGGCAAACGAUGUGAAACGCCUCUCAACAUAUGCGAACUCUGCAUGAGAGACGGAUCCUGUACCAAUGGGUUUGCAGACGUCCGAUGCAAGCACUGUAUCCUGAGGUGCACCCAAGAGGACCCCUGCCGCACUCAGGGAGAAGAAGACCACUGCGUGCACGGGGUGUGCCGUGUCAAUGAGACUGGCGUACGUCAGUGCAUAUGUGAUAGCAGUUACACCGGCGAACGCUGUGACAGGCUCACACCGUUGUGUGACUCAUACUGCAGAAACGGCGGAACCUGCCUGGGCCGCAAGAAGCUUCCCUGCACAUGCCCGGCUGGUCUCUUGGGCAGUGACUGUUCCUCGGGUGGCUCAAGCUGUGGCUGCCUGCAUGGCGCCACCUGCAUCACCACCAAGCACGAGGAGGGUCUCACACAGCGCUGCGUCUGCCCUGCGGGAUUCACUGGCGAGCGCUGCGAGAGCCGUCUCGCCGACAUCUGCCUUGAUUUUCCAUGCCUCCAUGGCGGCGUCUGCUACACCUCGGCAGGCCAGCCUCUCUGCAAGUGUCCCCUGGGCUGGGGUGGUCUGCAUUGUGACCAGAGCACCAGCUGCAAAAACUUUUGCUUCAACCAUGCCACAUGCCUGCUGUCAUCUCAGAACGAUGCAAUGCCAUCAUGCCUAUGUGCCCGAGGAUUCACUGGCCCACGCUGCCAAGACAGGGUUGAUCAGAUUGCUUACAGUGACCACAGCACCUCUGCCUCUGACAACUUGCCUAAUAUCUUGGGCGCCAUCCUGAUUCCUGUGGUUGUCACCAUUUCACUGGUUGUGCUCGUUACCAUGGCGGUGCUCAUAUACCGGAAGAGAAAGCGGUCCAGACCUUUCCACCAUGUGCGCAUGCAAGAAAGUGGAGGAGGUGGCGGCAAUGUGGAAAUCAGCAAUCCCAUCUAUCUUCGUGGUGACUGUGAAGAUGAUGCUGCAGAAGCUCUGAAUGCUUCCUUCACUCUCGACCCAGACAAGGCCACAAACUUCAGCAAUCCAGUAUACGACUCGCUGUAUGCCGACAACAAUGGAACUGGCGAGGAAAAGAAAGGGCUUCUGCAGGGAGAGCCACAGGUGGACUUCUUUGAUGGCCAGAACUCUACAGGCCCCUGCAACGAUCACCCGCUCGCCUAACAGUCACAGAUCUUCGUGAGAGGCUGCCAGCCCCACAGCGAUGUGGUAGCACACCACGGCAGCUGAGCAGUAAAGCUUCAGGCAUAGGUGAAAGGCUACCAUGAAAAGAACCUCCCAAGUCUGUCAUCGUCUCUGGAAAGACCAGCUCGAGGUGUCACAAGUGCAGCUAUUCGAGCGCGAGGAACGAGCUGCUAGCUUAUCUCUUCUUCGACAUCUCACAGCUUGUCAUCAUCUUUAGUUUACUCAAAUGUGUAACUACUGGCAAGUCUGUCGUGCCGAACUUGUCACCGCAGGUGGCACACAUGUGCGUUGGUUGAAUGGACAGUCAAAGUCUUCUCCUAUUUUUUUACUUUCUGAGGUCACAGAGUCGCCUGAUGCAUACUACACGCCAUUUGUCAUUUGCGCACAGGAAACUUCUAAGGAGAACUGUAUAGUUCAUUGUUCCCUCUGCUCUUCAGCUUCUUCUUCUUCCUUUUUUUUUCUGCACUGAGUUGCACCUGCUGAGUGCCCUGUAUUUUUCCAUUCUCAAUCGUUUCACAAAUUGGCCAGCUCUAAACGUGAGUGAGAUGUGCAUUUCACAGGUAUAUCAAAGGGUCGCACCACUGUUGACAAUUCCUACAGAUGCAUUUACUUAUGAGGAGUGUAGUUUUGCUCUAGUAGUACAGCUCGAAUUAUUACUCUCAUCAAGGAUAAUUAUACCAGUAAAAGGAAGCACGAGAAUGAAGUGGCAUGUCUUUUUACAACGGUCACAUGGGCAGCCUUUUUGUGGUACUCUAGCCGCAUCCUCUCCUAGGGAAAAAAACUCUGCAGAGGAACAGCCUUGAACAUGGUAGCUUGAAGCGCUAGUCACAUACAUUGCCUGUAUAUCUCCGUCUGCCUUUUCAAACGUUAUGCAUUUUGCAGUCCUUCAUUUCCUCUUUCUUUUACCUCUUGGUCCAUGCACUUUGUAAAUGUUCUUUCACUACUUAAAUAACAAGUCACUUUGUUUUCGGGACCUCAAGCAACGACCAUUGCCCUGCCAUUUACGUGUGCCAUUUUAUUAAGUGCUGGCACACUGCAUUGGUAGGAGCCAGGUGAACUUUUUUUUUUAAGCUUCUUAUGUUACGCAUCGAAAGCAGCAUGUUGUUCAAAUCAACUAGGCAGCAAGCCCAAAUUUAAAAAGUUUGGCAAUCAGCAGUUGUGCGCAGCUGCUAAAAGACAUUGCCUGCAUGUCUGUAGCCCUGCUAACUUAAGCUGCUUGUUUUAGGGUCAUUUUAGUUUUAAUUUAAGUAGUCUCAUGGAAUAAAUGAGGGUCUUUUUGUUGCGGCUAGAAGCUUAUCGCUGGAGUGUAGCAUGAGAUUGCCUUGCAUCGCAGAGGUCUUGACUUUCAUAUGCGGUUUAAUAGAAAUGCCCUUUUUUUUUUUUUACUUGAACAAUUGGUUUUAAUUGCCCUGCCAUGGUACUGCUGUGCACUGAGGCAGCUGAGUACAUCCCUUCCAGCAGCAGUGAAGAGUAACGGUACUGCCAAGGGAGCGUCUUGUGGAUUUGUCCAGGGAACCCGUGCCAAAGAAAACAGCCCUUAUUAAACUGUGUGUGAGUUUGUGCUGUCAGUUAGUGGGAUGUAGACAGUUAUGAAACUAAAGUUCAUGUAUGUCGCAAUUAUUUCCAGGCAGCUUUUUUACUCCACUGAUUGACACUUGUCCUCUGACCUCUUCACCUGAUAUUAAGCAUUAUUAGUGUUGUACAUAGUAGCUCAUUUAUAGAGGUCGCAUGGUACUUGUAGCAAUAGCGUGUCGAUCAAGACAGAACUAUUCCAGAUCUUCCCAGAGUUUCUAUAUCUUUUUGUUUCAGUUGAACUCUGUUUUGUUUCCACAAGUUUACGAGCCUGCAUAUGUACAUUUUAAUAUGCUUUGUGCUAGUUAUCAGCGUCUUCGUAUAGUAGUGGAGAUGUGGCUGUGCUGAUUUUCUGUCCAGUGGCUCACAAUAGGCAUAGCAGUCGUGAACGAGGUCUUCUGCAACUACACAUUGCUCAAGAUGUGCUGAAAGAAAAAAAGAAACCCUGUUGGACUUGCAAACUAUGGCACAACGUCAAUUGACAAACGACAGUUCUUCCAUUCACGGUCUUGCUCCUAAUCUGAUAUUGACUAGUCACAAGUUUCAAUGACAUUUUAAACCUAACUGCCGCAGAAAAAGUCUACCCAGCCACUCUUUCCGCUAUUGCCGGUGAGCACGGGUUCUGUGGUCUACUCUGGGGAUGAGUGACUUGAAUGCAUUUUAAUUGGUACUGGCUCUAAAAGAAACUCUUCUUUUAGCUUGUGGGGUUGAGCAGCUCAAUUUUGUAGUUGUUUUUUGAAAUCUGUAUUGUUGUGUUGUGAUACUGUAGGUGUACAAAAGAAUAAAUGUGAUGAUAUUUGCUGCA